GAGGAUCCAGUCGAUUGUCGACGCCUACAGUGGCGCGGCGGGCAGUUCGCCCGACUGGGGGAACGCAAAGAUCUUCACAUGCUACCAGUCUCCGGAGGAUGUGGUCGCACCGCAGCUGAAAAGCUGGGCGGCGCGCAAGGGAAAGGCGCAGUCGCAGAAGGUGCUCUUCCCGCUGGCGCUCCCGGUGGUCGACGUCGCCCAGGUGGCAGAGGACGUGGCCUGGAGGCCACAGGCCCGGGGCCCGCCUGGGUGGGCACCUCAGCUUGCAAAAUCUUCCCCUUGCCACGCCCUGCAGCUCUCGGCGCUAGGCCUCUUCUUUACGUCCUACGAGCCCCUUGCAGCGCAGGGUUCUUCCGGAGAGGCAGCCCUACAGGAGCUGCUCAAGGGCCGCUCUGAGUACAGCGCAGACGGCCCCACUACUUUGGCGCCCUUCAAGCUCGACCUCAUAUCCUUGCCGGCUUCCUUGGAGGGAUGCCCUGAUGCUGAAUCUCUUCUCGGCGAGGAGGACUGUCGUUUUCUGAAGGAGCAAGAGCGCAUGUUGCAUGACAAUCCCCAGCUGGAUCCCAAUUUCCACCCGUAUUGGGAACCUUCUUUGCGAAACAAUGCCCGAAACUAUCGCAAGCUCAUAAAACGCCUGGAUGACAUCAAGUACCUGAAAUACACGCUCUAUCCUAAGGAACAUGCAGGGCUGUUUUUCGUGUGGAAGUCCGGAGGGGCGAAGACUCGACUUAUAGUCGAUGCCCGAGCGGCAAAUCGCCGCUUCAAAGACGCGCCAGGAGUUCAGCUUUGCACUGCCGAGAGCUUCUCGCGCUUCGAGACGGUGGACGAGGAGGCCGGCGCACACAUCGACUCAUCUUUUACUGAGACUGAGCUCCCUCCGUUGCACAUCGGACUAUCUGAUGUCAAAGAUGCCUUCCACCGCAUAAAGCAACCGACCUGGCUAUCCAGGUAUUUCUGCUUCCUCCCCAUCGAAGCGCGGCAC